CUGUAAGUCAAGUGGUGGUACACUUGUAACGUUACAAGUGUACCACCACUUGACUUACAGAAGACGUUCCAAAAUGUAUUUCUAUCAUUCCGAUUAUAAUGUUAUAUGAAGACAAACCAUAGCUCUAAAUGUAACGUUACGAAAUAUUCCUAUGAUAUCUCCAAAAUAACAUGAUAUUCAGAACCUUUCAUGGACUACCAAGGAACGUUUUUAAUGUUCUCAUGAUGUCUGUAUAACGACCGGAUAUUUAUAACCUCUAUAAUACUUAUUAGAAACGUUAUGAAUGUGCCUAUAAUGUCCCAAACGGGCUAUGAAAUUCAAUACCUCUGGAAGACUUAAGGGGAAUGUUACAAAUGUCUCAGUUACGUUACUUGGAUAGCGCCGCGUGUAACCACAGCCUGUGUUACAGGGUUCAGUAAUCGUGUUCUUAGGUCCUGAUGAAAAACAACAUUAACAAGUGUUCUUGGUCUAUUACUAGCAUAUGCACAUAAAAAAUAUAUAAUGCAGGAUAUGGCUGGAUACAUUUUUACUAAAGGGCUGACUAAAUUUGCGCAAUCCAGAUAAUGAAAAGUGCAAUUUAUCCAUUCUAUAACACCAACAUUAUUCAAAUGCCUUGCAGUGCCACGAUAGCCUGAGAAGCUAUGGAUAACAUCUUGCUUAGUAGAGAUUAAUGUUCUUUCUGUUUCUUUACGUAGUGUUCUGAAGAUUGAAAAUGUCUUCAAAAAAGACUGUUAAAUCCGCUGGUGUAACACGGAUUACAAGUACUCCAAGAAAGAGAGAAUACAAUAGAAUCUGGACUAAAAUGUCAAGGGAGAAAACCACCCUUAAGAAAAAAAGGGUAGAGAAGGAAGACAAUGACAAUGAAAGUGGAUCUAGUCUCAUCAGCCAGUCUGACACGAAGAGUGAAGAUACCAGUCCUACUGAAUCUGACAGCAAAAGUGAGUCAGAUAGUGAAGUUGAUGCAGUGGAAGUUACUCCUCCAAGACUGCCAACACACGCUGACGAAGAGUCAAGUGGUGAACUUGAGACUAUAGCUGGGACUCCUCCAAGACUGCCAACACACGCUGAGGAAGAGUCAAAUGGUGAGCUUGAGGCAGUAGGUGGUACUAAGCCAAGACUGCCAACACACGCUGAGGAAGGGUCAGAUGGGGAACAUGAGGCACUAGGUGGUACUAAGCCAAGACUGCCAACACACGCUGAGGAAGAGUCAGAUGGGGAACAUGAGGCACUAGGUGGUACUAAGCCAAGACUGCCAACACACGCUGAGGAAGGGUCAGAUGGUGAACUUAAGACAGUAGGUGGUACUAAGCCAAGACUGCCAACACACGCUGAGGAAGGGUCAGAUGGUGAACUUAAGACAGUAGGUGGGACUCCUCCAAGACUGCCAACACACGCUGAGGAAGAGUCAGAUGGGGAACAUGAGGCACUAGGUGGUACUAAGCCAAGACUGCCAACACACGCUGAGGAAGAGUCAGAUGGUGAACUUAAGACAGUAGGUGGGACUCCUCCAAGACUGCCAACACACGCUGAGGAAGAGUCAGAUGGGGAACAUGAGGCACUAGGUGGUACUAAGCCAAGACUUCCAACACACGCUGAGGAAGAGUCAGAUGGUGAACUUAAGACAGUAGGUGGGACUCCUCCAAGACUGCCAACACACGCUGAGGAAGAGUCAGAUGGUGAACUUAAGACAGUAGGUGGUACUCCUCCAAGACUGCCAACACACGCUGAGGAAGAGUCAGAUGGUGAACUUAAGACAGUAGGUGGGACUCCUCCAAGACUGCCAACACACGCUGAGGAAGAGUCAGAUGGUGAACUUAAGACAGUAGGUGGUACUCCUCCAAGACUUCCAACACACGCUGAGGAAGGGUCAGAUGGUGAACUUAAGACAGUAGGUGGUACUCCUCCAAGACUGCCAACACACGCUGAGGAAGAGUCAGAUGGUGAACUUGAGACAGUAGGUGGUACUAAGCCAAGACUUCCAACACACGCUGAGGAAGAGUCAGAUGGUGAACUUAAGACAGUAGGUGGUACUCCUCCAAGACUGCCAACACACGCUGAGGAAGAGUCAGAUGGUGAACUUAAGACAGUAGGUGGUACUCCUCCAAGACUGCCAACACACGCUGAGGAAGAGUCAGAUGGUGAACUUAAGACAGUAGGUGGUACUCCUCCAAGACUGCCAACACACGCUGAGGAAGAGUCAGAUGGUGAACUUAAGACAGUAGGUGGUACUAAGCCAAGACUUCAAACACACGCUGAGGAAGAGUCAGAUGGUGAACUUAAGACAGUAGAUGGUACUAAGCCAAGACUUCCAACACACGCUGAGGAAGGGUCAGAUGGUGAACUUAAGACAGUAGGUGGUACUCCUCCAAGACUGCCAACACACGCUGAGGAAGAGUCAGAUGGUGAACUUAAGACAGUAGGUGGUACUCCUCCAAGACUUCCAACACACGCUGAGGAAGAGUCAGAUGGUGAACUUAAGACAGUAGGUGGGACUCCUCCAAGACUUCCAACACACGCUGAGGAAGGGUCAGAUGGUGAACUUAAGACAGUAGGUGGUACUCCUCCAAGACUGCCAACACACGCUGAGGAAGAGUCAGAUGGUGAACUUAAGACAGUAGGUGGGACUCCUCCAAGACUUCCAACACACGCUGAGGAAGGGUCAGAUGGUGAACUUAAGACAGUAGGUGGUACUCCUCCAAGACUGCCAACACACGCUGAGGAAGAGUCAGAUGGUGAACUUAAGACAGUAGGUGGUACUAAGCCAAGACUUCCAACACACGCUGAGGAAGGGUCAGAUGGUGAACUUAAGACAGUAGGUGGUACUAAGCCAAGACUGCCAACACACGCUGAGGAAGAGUCAGAUGGUGAACUUAAGACAGUAGGUGGGACUCCUCCAAGACUUCCAACACACGCUGAGGAAGGGUCAGAUGGUGAACUUAAGACAGUAGGUGGUACUAAGCCAAGACUUCCAACACACGCUGAGGAAGAGUCAGAUGGUGAACUUAAGACAGUAGGUGGUACUCCUCCAAGACUGCCAACACACGCUGAGGAAGAGUCAGAUGGUGAAUUUAAGACAGUAGGUGGGACUCCUCCAAGACUUCAAACACACGCUGAGGAAGAGUCAGAUGGUGAACUUAAGACAGUAGGUGGUACUAAGCCAAGACUUCCAACACACGCUGAGGAAGAGUCAGAUGGUGAACUUAAGACAGUAGGUGGUACUCCUCCAAGACUUCCAACACACGCUGAGGAAGGGUCAGAUGGUGAACUUAAGACAGUAGGUGGUACUCCUCCAAGACUUCCAACACACGCUGAGGAAGAGUCAGAUGGGGAACUUAAGACAGUAGGUGGUACUAAGCCAAGACUUCCAACACACGCUGAGGAAGGGUCAGAUGGUGAACUUAAGACAGUAGGUGGUACUCCUCCAAGACUGCCAACACACGCUGAGGAAGGGUCAGAUGGUGAACUUAAGACAGUAGGUGGUACUAAGCCAAGACUGCCAACACACGCUGAGGAAGGGUCAGAUGGUGAACUUAAGACAGUAGGUGGGACUCCUCCAAGACUGCCAACACACGCUGAGGAAGAGUCAGAUGGGGAACAUGAGGCACUAGGUGGUACUAAGCCAAGACUGCCAACACACGCUGAGGAAGAGUCAGAUGGUGAACUUAAGACAGUAGGUGGGACUCCUCCAAGACUGCCAACACACGCUGAGGAAGAGUCAGAUGGUGAACUUAAGACAGUAGGUGGUACUCCUCCAAGACUGCCAACACACGCUGAGGAAGAGUCAGAUGGUGAACUUAAGACAGUAGGUGGUACUCCUCCAAGACUGCCAACACACGCUGAGGAAGAGUCAGAUGGUGAACUUAAGACAGUAGGUGGUACUAAGCCAAGACUGCCAACACACGCUGAGGAAGAGUCAGAUGGUGAACUUAAGACAGUAGGUGGUACUAAGCCAAGACUGCCAACACACGCUGAGGAAGAGUCAGAUGGUGAACUUAAGACAGUAGGUGGUACUAAGCCAAGACUUCCAACACACGCUGAGGAAGAGUCAGAUGGUGAACUUAAGACAGUAGGUGGUACUCCUCCAAGACUUCCAACACACGCUGAGGAAGGGUCAGAUGGUGAACUUAAGACAGUAGGUGGUACUCCUCCAAGACUGCCAACACACGCUGAGGAAGAGUCAGAUGGUGAACUUAAGACAGUAGGUGGUACUAAGCCAAGACUUCCAACACACGCUGAGGAAGGGUCAGAUGGUGAACUUAAGACAGUAGGUGGUACUCCUCCAAGACUUCCAACACACGCUGAGGAAGGGUCAGAUGGUGAACUUAAGACAGUAGGUGGGACUCCUCCAAGACUGCCAACACACGCUGAGGAAGGGUCAGAUGGUGAACUUAAGACAGUAGGUGGGACUCCUCCAAGACUGCCAACACACGCUGAGGAAGGGUCAGAUGGUGAACUUAAGACAGUAGGUGGUACUAAGCCAAGACUGCCCACACACGCUGAGGAAGGGUCAGAUGGUGAGCUUAAGACAGUAGGUGGUACUAAGCCAAGACUGCCAACACACGCUGAGGAAGAGUCAGAUGGUGAACUUAAGACAGUAGGUGGGACUCCUCCAAGACUUCCAACACACGCUGAGGAAGAGUCAGAUGGUGAACUUAAGACAGUAGGUGGUACUAAGCCAAGACUGCCAACACACGCUGAGGAAGGGUCAGAUGGUGAACUUAAGACAGUAGGUGGUACUAAGCCAAGACUUCCAACACACGCUGAGGAAGGGUCAGAUGGUGAACUUAAGACAGUAGGUGGUACUCCUCCAAGACUUCCAACACACGCUGAGGAAGGGUCAGAUGGUGAACUUAAGACAGUAGGUGGGACUCCUCCAAGACUUCCAACACACGCUGAGGAAGGGUCAGAUGGUGAACUUAAGACAGUAGGUGGGACUCCUCCAAGACUGCCAACACACGCUGAGGAAGAGUCAGAUGGUGAACUUAAGACAGUAGGUGGUACUAAGCCAAGACUGCCAACACACGCUGAGGAAGAGUCAGAUGGUGAACGUAAGACAGUAGGUGGUACUAAGCCAAGACUGCCAACACACGCUGAGGAAGAGUCAGAUGGUGAACUUAAGACAGUAGGUGGUACUCCUCCAAGACUGCCAACACACGCUGAGGAAGAGUCAGAUGGUGAACUUAAGACAGUAGGUGGUACUAAGCCAAGACUGCCAACACACGCUGAGGAAGAGUCAGAUGGUGAACUUAAGACAGUAGGUGGUACUAAGCCAAGACUUCCAACACACGCUGAGGAAGAGUCAGAUGGUGAACUUAAGACAGUAGGUGGUACUAAGCCAAGACUUCCAACACACGCUGAGGAAGGGUCAGAUGGUGAACUUAAGACAGUAGGUGGUACUCCUCCAAGACUGCCAACACACGCUGAGGAAGAGUCAGAUGGUGAACUUAAGACAGUAGGUGGUACUCCUCCAAGACUUCCAACACACGCUGAGGAAGAGUCAGAUGGUGAACUUAAGACAGUAGGUGGUACUAAGCCAAGACUGCCAACACACGCUGAGGAAGGGUCAGAUGGUGAACUUAAGACAGUAGGUGGUACUAAGCCAAGACUGCCAACACACGCUGAGGAAGGGUCAGAUGGUGAACUUAAGACAGUAGGUGGUACUAAGCCAAGACUUCCAACACACGCUGAGGAAGAGUCAGAUGGUGAACUUAAGACAGUAGGUGGUACUCCUCCAAGACUUCCAACACACGCUGAGGAAGAGUCAGAUGGUGAACUUAAGACAGUAGGUGGUACUCCUCCAAGACUUCAAACACACGCUGAGGAAGGGUCAGAUGGUGAACUUAAGACAGUAGGUGGUACUCCUCCAAGACUGCCAACACACGCUGAGGAAGAGUCAGAUGGUGAACUUAAGACAGUAGGUGGUACUAAGCCAAGACUUCCAACACACGCUGAGGAAGAGUCAGAUGGUGAACUUAAGACACUAGGUGGUACUCCUCCAAGACUUCCAACACACGCUGAGGAAGAGUCAGAUGGUGAACUUAAGACAGUAGGUGGUACUCCUCCAAGACUUCCAACACACGCUGAGGAAGGGUCAGAUGGUGAACUUAAGACAGUAGGUGGUACUCCUCCAAGACUUCCAACACACGCUGAGGAAGAGUCAGAUGGUGAACUUGAGACAGUAGGUGGUACUAAGCCAAGACUUCCAACACACGCUGAGGAAGAGUCAGAUGGUGAACUUAAGACAGUAGGUGGUACUCCUCCAAGACUUCCAACACACGCUGAGGAAGGGUCAGAUGGUGAACUUAAGACAGUAGGUGGUACUAAGCCAAGACUUCCAACACACGCUGAGGAAGAGUCAGAUGGUGAACUUAAGACAGUAGGUGGUAGUCCUCCAAGACUUCCAACACACGCUGAGGAAGGGUCAGAUGGUGAACUUAAGACAGUAGGUGGUACUCCUCCAAGACUUCCAACACACGCUGAGGAAGGGUCAGAUGGUGAACUUAAGACAGUAGGUGGUACUAAGCCAAGACUUCCAACACACGCUGAGGAAGAGUCAGAUGGUGAACUUAAGACAGUAGGUGGUACUAAGCCAAGACUGCCAACACACGCUGAGGAAGAGUCAGAUGGUGAACUUAAGACAGUAGGUGGUACUAAGCCAAGACUGCCAACACACGCUGAGGAAGAGUCAGAUGGUGAACUUAAGACAGUAGGUGGGACUCCUCCAAGACUGCCAACACACGCUGAGGAAGAGUCAGAUGGUGAACUUAAGACAGUAGGUGGGACUCCUCCAAGACUGCCAACACACGCUGAGGAAGGGUCAGAUGGUGAACUUAAGACAGUAGGUGGUACUCCUCCAAGACUGCCAUCACACGCUGAGGAAGAGUCAGAUGGUGAACUUAAGACAGUAGGUGGUACUAAGCCAAGACUGCCAACACACGCUGAGGAAGGGUCAGAUGGUGAGCUUAAGACAGUAGGUGGUACUAAGCCAAGACUGCCAACACACGCUGAGGAAGGGUCAGAUGGUGAACUUAAGACAGUAGGUGGUACUCCUCCAAGACUGCCAUCACACAGUGACAUAGAUUCAGAGACUGAAGCCAAUGCUGGUUGUGCAAUUCAGGAGACAACUGACUCUGACAAUGAUGAUGUUGAAAAAGAUUCUACCUUCAGAGAGGACCUGGCAACCUGGAUAAGUGAUUUCCAAGUGAAACACAAUGCUGUUGAUACACUUCUGAAGAUGCUGCAGUCUAAUGGUCACCCAGAUUUGCCUUCCACUGCUAGAACUCUCCUAGAAAAGACCAAUGUUUUUGAUGAAGUCAAGUCUAAUGUGGAGUUUGUCAGGUUUAAAGUGAAGGUGGAGUUAGUGAAACAUCUAAGCAUCUAUCCUCAAUCUGUUGUUGGAGAUUUGAAUGUUUUAGAAAUAUCCCUUAACUUCCCUGGGCUAGGUGGGACACUUGCGUCCCACCUAGUCAACAGCCAGUGGAAUCGCGUGGCGCGAAAUACAAAUACCUAAAAAAUGCUAUAACUUCAAUUUCUCAAACAUACGACUAUUUUACACCAUUUUAAAGACAAGACUCUCG